AUGGAUAUUUGUGCAAAUCAUAACAAAAAACAUAAACUCAUUUGUUUUGAUUGCAAUGUUUUGAUUUGCUCUGCUUGUUCGCCGAAACACAGUAAUAUUAAUAGCAACAUACCAUCAUUUCAUGAUAUUCAGUCAGUAAUGAAGUCCACAUUCGAUUCUUUGAAAUCAUCAGUCAAAGAAUAUGAACAACUUCAACAAACAGAAGAUGAGAUAUCCAAUCGAUUCAAAGAGAUACAUGGGUUCCUUGUUAUCGAAGAGCAUAGACUAAAGAAACAGAUCAUCGACAAUAAAGAACAAUUGGAAAAACAAAUCGAAUCUAAAACCAAUCAAAUGAAAUCGUUGAAUUCAAUCAACCAUCACUUUGCAAAUAUUUUUGACACUAAGGUUGUUGCGCCAAAUAAAUCAAAUCCAUCGUCGUCCUCUAUAUCCCCAGACACUGUAGACAGAUAUAAAACAGCAACAAUCAUACAAUCGAUAUCACAAUGUUCAAAUUACAACGAUUUCAUUCAAAACAAUAGUAAUACUCUUUUCUAUUUGAAUGAUCACACCAACAAAACCAAUAUAGGUGAUCAUCAACUAUUAAAUCUCUUAAUAGAACACAACAAUAUAUUUAAAUUAAAUAAUGUAAAACACAACCAACCACAGCAAUAUCAACUUAGUGUUAAUGAUAAACAACUUAAAGAAAUUAGGAAUCAGAUUCAAUCAGCUUUCAAAUUAACAGCUUUGGCACGACCAAAAUCAAUCAAACAAUCAUACAUCCUCUCAGCAGAUAAUGAUAAUAAACUAUCUAUUAUCAAUAUCACAGAUCGCAAUUAUAUUCAUUUCGAGAAGCAGAAUAUCGAUUCCAAUGUUAAAUUUAGUUUAACCUACGGGUCUGUGGUUGUUGCUGAUAACCAUAUCUAUAUUUUUGGCAAGGGAAGCAAUUUUGACCAUCCAGUAUUAAAGUACUCAAUCACCAAUGAAAAGCUUGUUGAAUUUGAAAUUAAAGGUUAUAAUCUGUUUUCCGAUGUGUCUGUUUGUUAUGAUGGUCGAGAUUAUAUCUAUCUGAUCGAUGGAAACAUCAUUAUGGUAUUAAUUUAUAGGAUCAAUAUCAACAAUUUUCAUUGGGAACUCUUGGGUACAGAAGAAUAUCCUGGUUUCCAUCAUUUCUCAUUCCACUUCAAAGACAGCAUCUACAGCUUUGUUCCCUAUCAAAAGAAGAUUCUCAGAUUCGAUAUCAACACCAAAAAAAUAUGUAUGUUACCAAUCGAUUUACCCGAGUAUAAAGAAAGAGCAGCAUGUACAGAUGGCAAAGGCAAUAUCUUUAUUCGAUCUAGUUUGAGAUUUGAUCGAAUCAAUGUGGAAACCUAUGAAAUCAAAAAAUUGGACAACACCUUUGGAAUAGUUAAUCACAAUUUGAUCUACCACCAACCAAAUCAAGAUUGUAGCUUUAUUUACUCACUCGAAGGAAAAGAUAAAAACUUCAUAUAUUCCAUUGAAAACAACAAAUGGGAAUCUAUUCUCAAAGAUGACCAAUCGGAUAGAGCGUACUGUGCACAAACAUACUUUCAAAAAUAA